AUGCAUCUUGAAGAUAGGGCUCUCAAGUUUUCAGAAAUAACACAUCAUGCUAGUGUGACGCAAUGCCUUGGUUCAAUUGGCGGCCAUGUUUGUUAUCUUGGAGUUGGAAAGCCAUCUAUUGUUGAUCCAACUGAAAUGAAGGGCACCACUGGUGCAGACGUGGUGCAAUCUCAUUGUGGGCAUUUUUAUGUUCCUCUAGCUGUUGAUGAUAUACAUGCUUUUAGAAUUUCAGGACCAAAAUUCUUGAAGCUGAAGAGGGUACAUGGCAUGCUGGGCCGUUGUUCACUAAAAAAACAAUGGACUUCUACAAUCUGGAACUUAGCAACACAAAUGUGA